AUGCCCAUCUACAGCAUCCAACACUCGUACCCCCUCACACAGGAGCAAAAAGCCGCAUUGGCGCAAAAAAUCACCGUGCUGCACAGCACCGAGUACCUGACCCCGUCGCUGUUUGUCAACGUGCACUUCGUCGCGGGCGAGCCGGCCGGCGACUUCUUCGUGGCGGGGAAGCCGUACAACCGCGGCGUGUCGUCGCCGAACCGCAUCUUCGCGACCGUGCGGACGGGGCCGAAGCGCACAAAGGAGAGGUUCGACGCGUUUGCGCUCCGGCUCCAGAGCGCGUGGUAUGACGUGGUCAACAACGGCACCGCUACCGCCGGCGUCAACGGGCACGGCGGCGAGAUUACCAAGGAAGAGAAGCUGGCGAGGAAACUGCACUUCAUAGCCUUUCAGCCUGUGAUUGCCGCGCUUGAGAACGGCGUUCUCAUUCCCAGCGCCGACAACGAAGGCACCUGGCUCAAAGACAACCUGGCGUUUUUCACCGACCAGGCCGAGAACCACGACGACGAGCCAUUCCGGGAUCUCCUCCAAGAGCUAGACGAGAGGGCUGAUUUGAAAAAGUUGCUCGAGUGA